AUGCCAGUGGGCAUCCAUCCAGUAAUUUGUUUGCAUAGAAAAUUGGAAGGGAAAUGCCAUGUGGUGAGCUCAGAGAUGUGCACAUGGCUUCUUUGUGUUCCCAAGGUGAGUGUGGAUAGAGAAGAAUGGUGGUGUGAAGAAGCAGCAGCAGCAGCUUGGUUUUGAGGGCUCCAAGAGAAUCACUUGGUUCAGCAGAAGAAGACCACCUGAUUGGUUUUAGAAAACAAAAAUUACCCAUUUCUCUAGGAACAGUGAAAGAGGGUUUUGGUUUGGGGAAAUGUGAAUCCACCACAUCACACAGAAACACAACAAACACCCCCAUCAAGUUUACAAAUUUCUCAAUAAUUUAAUCCACAUUUGAACCCCCCAAAACCAGGUUUUUUCCUCUCCUCAUUUCCCUUCUUCUUCUACUUCAGUUUCUUCUUCCAAUCUCUUUCAAUCCACAGUGGAACAUAUCAAUUCUUGUCUUUAGUUUCUUGGUUUAGAUACUGCAAUCAAGCUAAGGUUUAUCCAAUUCCUUUACUCAUUACUCCCCAUCAUGUCAUUCUUCUUUAUUCUAUCUUCAAUCCACAGAAAGUGGAUUGUAAACUAAACUAAAGUUCUCUCUUUUCCAUUACCCAAUACUCUUUCUUUCUUGCUGGGCCGAUCUGAUUGUGUGUGCCAUUUCUUUUCCUUUCCUUUCCUUUCAUAAUCAUGGUUACCACAUAUCAGAUGGCUUCUCCUAAAUAUCUCCUCAGAAACUCAGCCCCUUGGAUUGCUGUUCUUGUCCCACCCUCCUUGUUAUUUGCUAUAUUCUCAGGCCAUGGUGUGCUCUCUGUUUUUUCCAUCACAUCUUUGGCUCUGCUCCUCAUAACUCCCCUGUUUUUAGCAUUCUCAAAGCAAACCAUGAAGAAACCAGUCACAGAAGAAGAAGAAAAAGAAGUUGCAGAUGAAGAGGAAAAGACAGAUGAGGGCUUAGAUUCUGGGAAUGAAAGUGGUGAAGAUGAUGAUGAGCAUUCAUCAUCUUUCAGUGAAGAAGAUUCAGAUGCAGAUUGGCCAUUUUCAUCAGGCAAUAAUUCUGGGCAUAGCCCACACUGUUCAUCAGAUUGCUCCAUUUCUGAUGAGGAAAGCCUGAUUGAGUUAGCCCUUCCCAGUGGCCAUUUUCUUGGGCUUCAAAAAACUGCUGCAGGCCCCCCAGUGGACUUGUUUGCAGAGAUUAAUGAGGAAGACAAUAUGAUUGAGAUUGACAUAUCCAUGGGGUCCAUCAAGUGCUCAAGAUUUGAGAUCAUUGAGGCAUGAGUUUUAUCAUUAUUACUGAAACAUAUUAUAUUAUUAUAUUGUUAAAAAUUUUCUCUAGUGCUUAACUUUAAUUUGUUCAAUAUUAAUUAAUGGUUUUUGUUCUUUUUAAAAGUCCUAGUGCAUCUGUGUGGUUAAAGCAUUAGUGUGUUGCUUUUAUAUAUCCAUUGACCUUGAUCUUGGAAAAACUUUGGAUACCCAUGGAGGCACACUUGUACAUGCAUAUGGGUCUUUGU